AGGGUACAUUAAUUUAUUUUUUUUGGACUAAAUAUUUUCUUUUCUUUUCUUUAAGAUCAAGUAUAUUUUUUUUUUUGACGCAAUAAGAUCAAGUAUAUUUAUUUAUUUAGUAUUUUAAUUUUAAUUUAAUUUUUUUUGCUACCAUCAUCAUUGAUAUAAGAAGCCACUUUGUCCAACAAAACCUAAAGUGUGACAUUACAAAGAUUCUCUCUUCAAACGACGAGACGACUUUUGAUUCUGCGUUCAAAAUCAUCUCUCUAUCGGUAAUUUUCUUUUUGUAAGAAGCUUUGGGUUUGAUUUAGAAGCUGGGAUUAAUAUUUUUUUCUGUGAUGGGUGGUCAAAGAGAAAGAAGUAAUUAUGGUAAGCGUCCACGAUCUCAUUCUGACUAUGAUGGAGGAAAUAAAAGGAGGAAUGUAGGUGAUGAUAGGGAUAGGGAGCAGUUUGUGAUUACUAAGGAUGAUACUGUUUUUCGCUAUUUGUGCCCUGGGAGAAAGAUUGGUAGUAUCAUUGGUAGGGGAGGUGAAAUUGUUAAGCAAUUGAGGGUUGAAACUAAGGCUAAGAUUAGGAUUAGUGAAACUGUGCCCGGAUGUGAUGAGCGUAUUGUUACCGUCUAUAGUUCUAGUGAUGAGACUAAUAACCUUGAUGAUGGUGGUAAGAAUGUGUCACCUGCUGAGGAUGCUUUGUUUAAGAUUCAUGAUAGGGUGGUUGCUGAAGAUUUGCACAGUGAUCAGGAGGAAGAAGGCGGUCCCCAAGUGACUGCUAAGCUGUUAGUGCCGUCUGAUCAGAUAGGUUGUGUUCUUGGAAAAGGUGGGCAGAUAGUUCAGACUUUACGUAGUGAAACUGGGGCUCAGAUUCGUAUACUUAAGGAUGAACAUGUGCCUCUGUGCGCCUUGAGAUCUGACGAGCUUGUGCAGAUUUCUGGGGAUACUGCAGUUGUGAAAAAGGCUUUGAUUCAAAUUGCAUCUCGACUUCAUCUUAACCCUUCCCGCACUCAGCAUUUGCUUGCUUCAGCUGCUCCUGCUGUAUAUCCCAGUGGUGGUUCACUAUUGGGUCCAACUUCAGGACCUCCGAUUGUGGGCAUUGCUCCUCUUGUUGGACCUUAUGGGGGAUAUAAAGGCGACACUGGUGACUGGCCGCCACGAUCUAUGUACUCGGCUCCGAGGGAAGAAAUAUCUUCAAAAGAAUUUUCAGUUCGAUUGGUCUGUCCUACUGGAAAUCUUGGUGGCGUGAUAGGGAAAGGUGGUGGCAUAAUAAAUCAAAUUAGGCAGGAUUCCGGGGCAACAAUCAAAGUUGAUAAUUCUGCAAAAGGAGAUGAAUGCUUGAUAACCAUUUCAACAAAAGAGUUCUUUGAAGAAACUUUCUCUCCAACAAUUGAGGCAGCUGUGCUUUUGCAACCCCGAUGCAGUGAAAAAAGUGAAAGAGAUUCUGGAAUCAUCUCUUUCACUACCCGUCUGUUGGUAUCAUCAUCAAGAAUUGGUUGCCUUAUUGGUAAAGGGGGAUCUAUUAUAACUGAGAUGAGGAGGCUAACAAAAUCCAACAUUCGCAUACUGUCAAAGGAAAAUCUUCCUAAAAUUGCUUCUGAAGAUGAUGAAAUGGUGCAGAUUUCGGGAGACCUUGAUGUUGCCAAAGAUGCUCUUGUGCAUGUUCUUACACGGUUGAGAGCAAACAUUUUUGAUAGAGAGGGUGCUGUCUCUCGAGUCCUGCCAGUUGUACCAUAUAUUCCUGCUCCAGUAGAUAGCUUAGAUGGUCUUAGCUACGACACUAGAGAUAGCAAAAGACAUGGACGUGGACAUUCCUAUUCAAGUAGCUAUGGAGGAUCACAUGAUUUAGGAGCUGGCGACACUUAUGGAAGCUAUGGUGGUUCACAGCUUGUUGGAAGCAGUGCUUAUGGGGCCUAUGAAAGUUAUUCUCUGGGACGGGAUAGUACUGUUUGGUUGCCUAGUCAGAACAAUGUUUCUAGGAGGAGAAACCAUGCUUACUAAACAUGAUGAGUCUCCCCAGCCGAGAUGUGUGAAGCCCGCAGCCUGCCUACUGCCUAAACCAGGAGACCAGAUGAACCAGGAUUUGACAAAUUUAUGGCCUACCUUGCCGCAUCUACUUAGAGGACCAAACUUAUGUGGAGCCUAUUAAAAUUCGCCAUGUCCAUUUUACCUUAAUUACCAAGCUUGAUAACUUAUGCUACCAAGAACCUAUAAAGCUGGCUUGCCUUUGUUUGUUUUCUUAUUGUUCUCGUUCCUUUUGACUUUGGAACUAAGAAACACCACUUAGCUAUGAUUUCCAGUUGUAUACUUUUAUUGCCGAUUGUGUUUAAUUUUUUUUCUUCAUAUUUCACUGUGAAAUUCAAUGAAAUACUAUCUUUGUUGUUAUUUGAAUUUCAUGUGACAAAUUUGGUGGAGUUUUGGAGUUAUCUAUAUUGCAGGGUGCCAGUAUUUUGCUUGCAAUAGAUCGUUGUAACCAGGUAAAGGUGUAAGCAUUAUUUGAUUCUGAUAAUCCCAUACUAAUGGGCGUUGUUUUGAGUAACCAUACUUUCAGUUCAAGGUAUUAAAACUGUUGUUAAUUAUGCUGUUAACUGCACUACCGAAGCUCAUAGUCAGUUAGUAGUUUGAGAACAACAAUGGUUUGAAAGACAUGCAUGAUUUUUGUUUGAGCUUAAUUAGCAUUGGCAUUCAGCUGCAUUGGAUAAUUUCUCAUUUUCCAUUUUCUGAUUACAUGGUAUCAAUUUAUCGGAGUUCGGCUAUACAAAAUUUUGCUUACAAAAGAAGACGUCUGCUAUGCUAUCAGGCCAUUGGGUCACCUGUUUAGGUCAAAGAUCCAAGUCUUUUGAUACACUGUCAGUGAUUCAAUGGCCCCUGUGCAAGUGUGUGUGUGUGUGUCUAGUGUUACUUCUAUAGUAGUUUUUCAAGUAUUUGUUUGGAUUAAGUCGUCCAAGGAUGCUAUCAACCAAGUUUCUCUUGGUCUUUCACUUCUCCAAGUAGUUAGAUAAUGUUAACAUGUCACUUUUUUGGUUGUCAUUAUAUUGAUUGCUUUUACUUG